UUGAUAUUAUUGGAGUGUGGUGCGAGCGGCCGGUCUGCAGUCGGAGACUCGCAGGCAGCAAAUACGGAGAGAAAAAGCGAGUAGGGCAAGGGGAAGAAGGCAGCCGAGGAGAGAGCUCUGGGCAAGAGCGCUGCGAAAUAAAACACGUUACAGAACAAGCUCUUUAAUCCCCACCGAGUGGCAGCAGCGGGAGCAACAGCAAUCAGCGCACAGUCUCUCUCUCUCUCGAAUAUAUAUGUAAUUAGAUAUAUUUUAAACACCUCAUGCACCAUGGUUUUUCAAAGUAGGCUCCCUUCAUGGAUUAUUUUGUGUUGCAUCUGGCUGCUUCGCUUUGCACACACGGGGGAGGCACAGGCUGCGAAAGAAGUAAUAUUGUUGGAUUCUAAAGCACAACAGACAGAGUUGGAAUGGAUUUCUUCUCCUCCUAAUGGGUGGGAAGAAAUUAGUGGGCUGGAUGAAAACUACACGCCUAUACGAACGUACCAGGUAUGCCAAGUCAUGGAACCUAACCAAAAUAACUGGCUUCGGACUAACUGGAUCGCAAAAGGCAAUGCACAAAGGAUUUUUGUAGAACUAAAAUUUACUCUGAGGGAUUGUAAUAGCCUUCCUGGAGUCCUGGGAACAUGUAAAGAAACUUUCAACUUGCAUUAUUACGAAACAGACUAUGACACUGGCAGGAGUAUCAGAGAAAACCUGUAUGUAAAAAUAGAUACUAUUGCAGCUGAUGAAAGCUUUACCCAAGGUGACCUUGGGGAGAGAAAGAUGAAACUUAACACAGAGGUGAGAGAGAUUGGACCUCUGUCCAAAAAAGGAUUCUACCUUGCAUUUCAGGAUGUAGGUGCCUGCAUUGCUUUGGUUUCUGUCAAAGUAUACUACAAGAAGUGCUGGUCCAUUAUUGAGAACUUAGCUAUUUUUCCAGAUACAGUGACUGGGUCAGAGUUCUCCUCCUUAGUUGAGGUACGAGGAACCUGUGUCAGCAGCGCAGAAGAAGAGGCUGAGAACUCUCCUAGAAUGCAUUGUAGUGCAGAGGGAGAAUGGUUAGUACCUAUUGGAAAGUGUAUCUGCAAGGCUGGUUUCCAGCAAAAAGGGGACACAUGUGAACCCUGUGGCCGUGGAUUCUACAAGUCAUCUUCGCAAGAUCUGCAGUGCUCCCGCUGUCCUAUGCACAGUUUCUCAGACAGGGAAGGAUCUUCACGAUGUGAUUGUGAGGACAGCUAUUACAGAGCACCUACUGAUCCACCAUAUGUUGCAUGCACAAGACCUCCAUCUGCACCACAGAACCUUAUUUUCAAUAUUAACCAAACUACUGUGAGUUUGGAAUGGAGCCCUCCUGCUGAUAACGGAGGAAGAAACGACGUGACGUACAGGGUAUUGUGCAAGAGGUGCAGCUGGGAGCAGGGGGAAUGUGUUCCCUGUGGGAGCAAUGUUGGAUAUAUGCCCCAGCAAACUGGAUUAGCAGACAACUAUGUCACCGUCUUGGACCUGUUAGCUCAUGCUAACUACACUUUUGAAGUUGAAGCUGUAAAUGGCGUUUCUGAUUUAAGCCGCUCCCAGAGGCUUUUUGCAGCUGUUACUGUUACCACUGGUCAAGCAGCUCCCUCGCAAGUUAGCGGCGUAAUGAAAGAGAAAGUGUUGCAAAGGAGUGUGGAGCUCUCCUGGCAGGAACCUGAGCAUCCCAACGGUGUCAUCACAGAAUAUGAAAUCAAGUAUUACGAGAAAGACCAAAGGGAGAGAACUUACUCAACAGUGAAAACCAGAGCCACCUCUGUGUCGGUGAAUAAUCUGAAACCAGGAACAGUAUAUGUUUUCCAGAUUCGUGCAUUUACUGCUGCUGGCUAUGGAAAUUAUAGCCCCAGGCUAGAUGUUGCUACACUAGAAGAAGCCACAGCCACUGCUGUCUCCAGUGAACAGAAUCCUGUAAUAAUCAUAGCUGUGGUAGCUGUGGCAGGCACUAUCAUUCUGGUCUUCAUGGUUUUUGGCUUCAUCAUUGGACGAAGGCACUGUGGCUAUAGCAAAGCUGAUCAGGAAGGAGAUGAAGAACUUUACUUUCAUUUUAAAUUUCCAGGCACCAAAACCUACAUUGACCCUGAAACCUACGAGGAUCCAAAUAGAGCUGUCCAUCAAUUCGCCAAGGAGUUAGAUGCUUCCUGUAUUAAAAUAGAGCGUGUGAUCGGUGCAGGAGAGUUUGGAGAAGUAUGCAGUGGGCGCCUAAAGCUUCCAGGCAAGAGAGAUGUUGCCGUGGCCAUUAAAACCUUAAAAGUAGGCUACACUGAAAAGCAAAGAAGGGAUUUUCUUUGUGAGGCGAGCAUCAUGGGACAGUUUGAUCACCCCAACGUUGUUCAUUUAGAAGGGGUGGUUACCAGAGGGAAGCCAGUCAUGAUUGUAAUAGAAUACAUGGAGAAUGGAGCUCUGGAUGCAUUUCUCAGGAAACAUGAUGGGCAAUUUACAGUAAUUCAGCUGGUGGGGAUGUUGAGAGGAAUUGCUGCUGGAAUGAGAUACUUGGCUGAUAUGGGAUACGUGCACAGGGACUUAGCAGCACGCAACAUUCUGGUCAACAGCAAUCUUGUCUGCAAAGUGUCAGACUUUGGCCUCUCCAGAGUUAUAGAAGACGACCCAGAAGCUGUCUACACUACAACAGGUGGGAAAAUACCAGUAAGAUGGACAGCUCCUGAGGCCAUACAGUAUCGCAAGUUUACAUCAGCAAGUGACGUAUGGAGUUAUGGAAUAGUAAUGUGGGAAGUCAUGUCUUACGGAGAGAGGCCAUACUGGGAUAUGUCAAAUCAAGAUGUUAUAAAAGCAAUUGAAGAAGGCUAUCGCUUGCCAGCACCCAUGGACUGCCCAGCAGGCCUUCACCAGCUGAUGCUAGAUUGCUGGCAGAAAGAGCGCGCGGAAAGGCCAAAGUUUGAGCAAAUAGUGGGCAUUCUGGACAAGAUGAUUCGGAACCCAAACAGCUUGAAAACCCCUCUGGGAACCUGUAGCAGGCCAAUCAGUCCUCUUCUGGACCAGAAUACACCUGAUUUCACUACAUUUUGUUCUGUAGGAGAAUGGUUGCAAGCCAUCAAGAUGGAAAGAUAUAAGGAUAACUUUUCAGCUGCAGGUUACAAUAACCUUGAGACAGUAGCCCGGAUGACUAUUGACGAUAUUAUGAGCUUAGGCAUCACGUUGGUUGGCCAUCAAAAGAAAAUCAUGAGCAGCAUUCAGACUAUGAGAGCACAAAUGUUACAUUUGCAUGGCACUGGCAUCCAAGUGUGAUAAACGCUUCUCCCUUACGAGGGAGGUGACAGACUUAAGAGAACAGUGCCGGCCUUCGAUCUACAUGAAGUGCUGCUAGAAGACACAUGAUUUUCUGGGUCCUUCCUGCAGACCACAGAAGGCCCACAAGAAGCACCUACAGACUUGAACUCCUAAGUGCCACCAGAAAUUUACUUAAAAAGGGAAUAUGGAUCCACUGAUGGCAGCAACGAAAGCAGUGACAAUAAACAAAGUACUACCUGAAACACCUACGAACACCUUGAACUCUCUAACCUCCUUUUUAUCUUAUGGACUUUUUAAAUUGUACAUAAGGGAUUUUGAAAAAAAGAAAGAAUAUAUUUGUCAGAUAAAAAUCAUAUUAUUGCUAAAGUCAACAAAAUAUUUUCCUUAAACCUUUCAUUUCAAACUCCCCCCCCCCAAGAAAGAGAAAAAACAGGAAUCAGUUGUGUUGCUUUAUCAUAUAGACAUUCUUUUAAUGUAACAUUUAUUAUCUUUGGACCUUCUUAGUGCUAAGCAUAUGACACAUUAUUACACUGGGGACCUUUGAAAGAUUGUAUGAAUUUCUACAGACACAAGAGGUGUAACUGAGAAAUGUGGAUCUGACCGCUGGGUUGGGUGAAAUGGAGUUGCGGGGUAGGGUUUGCUUUAUUAAGUUUACUUCAGUCUGUUAAUUCCGCACCACAUUUAUGUGGUUUGCUAAUUGGCAGGAAAUCAGGAAGGGAAAGAAAGACAUUGCCAAGAGUUCUGAUAUUUUUGAAAAUAAUUUUGUAUGAUAAAUCACAUGGUCUCUUUAAACAGGAAAUGAAUAAAAUGGAGAACCUAGCAAUAAUGUUCCCUUAAAACGCCCAGGCACUUUUAAAGAAAAGGCAUGAAAUAUGACUUUAGGAAGUUGCCUGGGUUAAAUAUAAGCUGUACAUCUGCAACUUUAAACUUGUUAAGACCUCUUUUGCUGAAUAAUUGAUUGUAGUAGGUGUGUCAAAAACAAAAAGAAAAGAAAACAGGUACAGUACUGUAGUGUUGCCUAGCCUUUUAAUCAGAGCACAUUGGUGUUUAUUACUGUUGUUCCUUUCUUUAAUUUUUCAAUAUUCCACAUUAGAAGGUCUAGGGAAAAAUAACUGGCAUAUGGUUAAUAUGAGAUUAAGUUGAAUGUAGUCCCUCCUGCAAAAAUAAACAUCUGGGGGUGCAAUCCAGAGAACAGAAGGCAUACCUACACCCCACUGAACUCAGCAUUUAAUUGAGACUAAUUUUUACUGGUUUCAAUUGGGACUUAGUCUCAAAAAUAUGUUACCACAUUCUAUAUGGAGUCCCAGCAAUUUCGAUGGGGCCCGAGUGCAACUAACUUUCUCUGGAUUGUACUCCUCCAGUGUAAGCCCUAAUACAAAGAGGUGAACAGCAGCUGUGAGGCUUGCACAGGAGAUGUUCCUAUCAGAUGGUGCCUUUGGAUUUUCUAUUAGAACCACUGAGUGUAAAAUGCAAGUGGCAGUUCGAA